AUGUCCACCUUCGCCGCAGCCCUCGCCUUUGCUAUCAAGAAUGCUGCCGGCGCUUUCACUGUUGGCUCUGCCUCUGGUCUAGGCGCUGGUACAACGGGAGGAGCUGGCGGGAAAGUUGUGUACCCCACUUCGAACGCCGAGCUUACGAUGUACUUGGGAGACACCAAACCGCUCGUGAUUGUCCUUGACCGGACUUUUGACUUUCGCGGAACUGAAGGCACGACCACCGAGGCCGGUUGCCGGCCGACUGCGAAUCGCCAGUGUCUCGCGAAGCGCAAUGGCUUUAAGGGCCAAGAUGUGAUUCUUCAAGAAGGUGGCAUGAAAAGCACAGGUGGCUGCGUAGACGGCACGAAGGUGACGGUGAAGUACGAUAACGCUGGAAUCAAGCGCUUGUUUGUGAGGGAUCACAAGACCAUCCGUGGCAUUGGCAAGAAAGGUGUGAUCAAGGGCAAGGGACUGACGCUGACCAACAACAUUAUCGUCCAGAACGUCCACAUCACGGAAAUAAACCCGCACUUGGUGUGGGGUGGUGACGCGAUCUACAUCUGUAACGGUGGUCCCACUGCGAGCAAAAACGUGUGGCUCGACCACUUGAAGGUGUCUCGCAUUGGCCGCCAAAUGGUCGUGACGGGCGAGGCUGGUGUAGAUGGACUGACGAUCAGCAACUCGGAAUUCGACGGAAACACGGACUUUUCAAUGUCGUGCGACGGGCACCACUACUGGACUUUGCUUUUCUACGGAAGAAAGACGGCCGUCACCAUGGUCAACAAUUACUUGCACGGGACCUCGGGUCGAUCACCUAAGGUCGGCAGCAGGAAAGAGGACAAUGUCGUCUUGCACGCCGUCAACAACUACUGGGGUAAAAACUCCGGCCACUCUUUUGAUGUCAGCCUCAGCGGAUACGUUCUCGCCGAGGGCAACUACUUCGACAGCACCGCGCGUCCUGCUAUAGCAGACAUAAAAGGCGAUCUGUUUGCAUUCGACGAUAAGGACGCAGCUGGUGCGUGCAAAACCUACCUGGGCCGACCGUGCGAGGCGAACGUCGUAGUGAAAAGCGGCAAGUUUACGUCGCACAAUGGAAUCCCCGCCCUCAAGGCAAUGAAGGCGUAUCGGAGCAUUGUCGACUUUUCCUCGAAAUCGACUUCUGCUGACAACGUGGAGCAGGAACAGGUGUACAAGUUCAGUGAUGCGAACAGUACGAGUUCCACGCUGUAUCAGGCGAAAGACUUGGCCAAGGAGUGGGCCAAGACGACCAACAACUUCGGUAUCGGCAAGUUGAACUAA